UUGGUAAAGCAGGUUGUAGGUCAUCGCAUUUUGUGAUUUAUAUAUGUUUAUUAGCUGAAAACGAAUAUAUAGAGAUUCAGAUUGACUACUACGUUGUAGUAGCCGUGGACAAGAAGAAGAACACGAAGAACUUUGAAGCGUUCUGGCGGGAAAGAAAGAAAUGGAGCAAUCUACGCGCGCACCUCCAGGUGGGCACUCCACGUUCAGCUUUGGUGGUGACACUGCGGAUACAGGAGCGCCCGUGGUAAGAGGCUGUGAUUUGUUCGAUAAUAUGAUGCUUGUGCAACGUCAUAAUAAUUUCGAUUUGCAUGUUGACGAGGACAUGGCCAUUCGUCUCCAAUGCGUGACAUUUUUCAGAUGAUGCACAAUCCACAAAAAUUUCAGUCGGCAAACCGGUAUGCGCGGGGCAGUGAUCAAAAUUCUGGAAACAUGAUGACUGGGCAUCCGACCACAAGAGUACACGCACCACCUGGUGGAAAAUCCAGCAUUGUGUUCGGUAAAUACGUACAACUGUUGUUCCUUUCUCUGUAUGGGCAAAUAAAUAAAUGGUUAGCCACUUUUGUUUUCGCAGCGGUUUCAGAAGUUUGUCAUGCCAAAGGAAAGUGGUUUAGGUACACGUAAAACAUAUUCACACCCACACCAAACCAAAAUCAAGGUGACGGCCACCUCCCGAGCCCGCCACAGAGGGUGGCGAAGACCUUUAAUGCGUCGACGCGGCCGCCACUCCCCGGCGAGUCCGUACAGCGGGGGCAGAUGCCGACGGGCGGCGUGCAGAGCCACAAGUUCGGCACCCAGAGUCCCACGCCGCACAACGUGCGGAGCCAACCGACCUUCGAAAACAAGUACCGGUUCAGCGACGUGCCAUCGCCCCUGCCCCCAGACUACGACGCGCCACCGGUCGGGGGCAGGGCGGAAAUCUGCCUCGGCACGCAAAGCAAAGACCCACCAAGGGUGCAGGAAGGUAUAGGGACGGAUUUAUUGUAGGUCGGAUGAUGAUUGUUCUGUAGGAGGGACGUAGGACUUUAAUAUGCAUCAUUAUGUGUGCUGGGACUACUUACAGUUGCAUAUAUGCGUUGCGCCUUAACAUGAAUUCUUCCUCGUCAGUCCCGAGUUGGCCAACCGGCGCAUCACCAUAUCCAGCGGGCGUGGCAGCAAACAAGAACACCAUCAAGAAUGGCGAAGUAACCAUGCACCUCCCGCUCACCCCAACACGAGAAAACGAAAGACUUCCGCCAGGCGGGCUGCAACACAACGUACUACAUGUUUUUUUUUUUCUGGCGGUGACCAUGCGGAAUGUGAGGCUUGUCGUUUCUCGGUUCGGCUGCACCAAGAGGAAUGCGUCUGUUUCGAAUCCUUUAUUUCACUGCGACGGGAACAACGAAAAUGAAAUCAAAAUUGAUGAAAUUAUCAGAUAUUCGACCGCGCCUCCUUGGUAAACGACCCGCGUAUGUUUCGGCCCUCCGACGAAAACGCGCCGCCGGCUUCUGUCCGGGCCCCACCAGGCGGGCGAAGCAACAUUAUCUUCGGCGACGAGCGCGACAGCAUACCCAUGGUGCACAAGGACUUCGGGCCGUCCGGUGGAGCACCAAGAGUGCUGGAGGAAAAGAUCGAGCAGAUGCAGCGCCGAGCGCCGCCCGGUGGGGUGUCCACCAUCUCGCUCGGGUGAUUUUUCGGUGGGGCAUUUUCCAAUAAACAAGGUUGCGAAAUUUCGUUGUUGAACAAACUUUACACCAGUUUGUAGUCCUUUCUUUAUGUGUUCUACCUUCAAAACAGUUAGCUGUGAUGAAGGAACGAAAUCGAAAGCAAAAACUUAGAGAUUCGGAUUCGUUGGAUUCAAAUAGUCCUGUGUUGUACAAGAAACACAUUUGAUGAUAUAUACAUUUUGUCUUUUUUGUCGGCAAGACCUGUUAAAGAUUGCGAACAGGUGGAGAAGCGACCGCACCUGUUUUAGUACUCUUGCUUGGCUACUUAUGCUUUGUGGAAUUUCAUUAGAUUCCUGAUUACUGAUUUUUUUCUAGAACUGGAACAAAACCAUUUUUGUACGAACGAUUUUGAUGAGGUUUUUUACCACCGGGCACUACAUCGCACGGUGGAGCCGAAUCGAUUAUACGCAAAGAUGUGAGGAGCUGCAGCCGAGGGUCGUGCCGUGUAGGGUUUGCGUCAUGACUUUCGACUUUCUUCUAUAGCCCUGCCGUGAUAUCCGUGUGAACUAGACACUGGUAGUGAUGAGUGGCGCAGGUGUUGGUGUAGCUAGCUCGCUACAACGUGCCCUCGUCUCGAUUAAGAACCGGAAUGGUAGAAAAUUCAAGUUACCUCACCACCGGGCGCGGUGGUGAUUGUAUUCGCCACCAGACGAU